CAAUGAAACGGCGUUCUGAAUUUGUCAUUUGGACGCAUGAUUCAGACCUCGAGACAGACGAAGGUCUUUUAGUAAAAAGUUUCGUUGGAAAUUUCGGCUAUGCGUUGCGAUAAUAUGUAAUGUCAACUUGUCAACUUCCGUGUUCUUUCAUUCCAAUUUCUCUUAUAACGAGUCUAGAUAGUUACAAAUCGUUAAACCAAUGAGAAAUGUGAAAAAUUUCUUUUGCUUGGCGCAACUAUCAAUUGAAAAUGAAAUAUGACGCUCGGAGAUGGAGGAAAUAGGGACGCUGUUGUUUCCAUAUAUUUCUUUUCCUUUGUACGGAAAGAGUGCCGCCGACCUAGAUCUUCAGUGCGAUUCUUUCACCAGAAACGCGAUAAUUCCCACUACCUUCUAAAAUUCUACACUUGGGGUGCUCGAAGCAUAAGCAUUCGUGUACAGCUCCGGAUAUUUACAGAAGAAACCACGAAUUAAUACAAUACAAACAAUGUAUAUAACAAUGUAUAGUAUAUUUUCUCGCGGUUUCGCGCUCUACAUACCUAGGUACGUAGCGAUGGCCGACCACAGGUUCAGGAGAGCCGUAAAAUGAUAGGAUAGCAUCGGAUAGGUAAAAGGAGAGAGGCACGGAAACUUUCACCGUAAACUUUGGUAUAAGACUUCUCUAGGGUAUUAGGAGUCUGUUGCGUUGCGUAUGAUUCAAAUAGUUUACAUUAUACUGUACUAGAUCGAGUGGUCUAUCCAGAACGAGUUCUACCGGUGUUACCAUACUUACAUUUCGAAACAUUCAGGCGGGUUUACUUCUACCUCCGCAUCCUAUAAUUAAAAUUUUUUUACAAUGUUACGCCUUUACUGCUAAAAUUGCUCGAUACAUGUCGAUACAAUCGAUGAUUUUACAAAAUCAAGUAGAAUUACUGCGAGUAAACAUCGACUCAUUUAAUGCAACUCGAAUCGAAUAAACUACACGUUGAAGUAUUCCCAAACGCGUAAUCAAACAGAGGUUGAAAUUACGGCGGGAACGGCGCGGCACGAGCGGGUCUUUUAAUUUGGUCGUACCGCGAGAUACUACGAUACAGCGUUAGUCGACAAGAGUCGACCAACAGGCACGCAAGUACACCAAGAAGAACCGUUCUUCGACUCGUGUUGUUUCCUGUGCAAUUCAUAGUAUUCGAGAGAAAAGCUUUCCUUGAAAAGGGUUACAAAUGAAGCUACUGGAAUUGAUUAACGUAAUAUACGAUCUAUUACUGUUCGUGGGAAUGGCAUUCAUUUAUAUAAGCGAGGCUAUUUUAUUGACAUUCAUCCCUCGACGAUAUCGUGGGAAAUCUAUCAAAGGAGAGAUCGCUUUGAUAACGGGAGGUGCAGGAGGAAUCGGAAGCUUGAUCGCCAAAAAAUUGGCCAAGCUUGGAGCACACGUGGUUAUCUGGGACGUUAACAAAAUUGGUAUGGAGGACACGGUUCGAGAAAUAAGAGAAAAUGGAGGGAAAUGUUGGAGCUACUAUUGCGAUAUCACAAACAAAGAGGAAGUGUACAAAACCGCAAAGACUGUUGAAAUUGAAGUUGGUGCUGUAACGCUACUGAUAAACAACGCCGGUUAUGUUUAUGGAAAAACGCUGUUGGAUCUGCCCGAUGAAAUGAUUGAAUGCACUUUCAAAGUGAAUAUUCUCUCGCAUUAUUGGAUUACCAAAGCAUUCGUGAGAGAUAUGAUGAAAAAUAAUCACGGUCAUAUCGUAACUGUCGCUAGUAUAGCUGGCCUCUUAGGAACUUACAAUUGCACGGAUUAUUCGGCGACUAAAUUUGCAGCUAUCGGUUAUCACGAGAGUCUCUUCAGUGAACUUAGGGCCCAUGGAUACGAUGGGAUUCACGCGACCUUAGUCUGUCCUUAUUUCAUCAAUACUGGUAUGUUUCAAGGAGUGAAACCCAGAUUGAUGCCAAUGCUAGAACCUGAUUAUGUUGCCGACGAAAUUGUCUCGGGAAUAUUAGUAAAUCAAAUAAAUGUUGUACUGCCUGGGAUAGUUAGAUACCUCUUACCGCUUAAAUGCUUAUUACCAGCAAAGUUGUGUUGGGCAUUGAUGUAUCACAUAAUACGUGGACCUCAAUCUAUGAUGAUGUUGAACAAACAAGAGAAGAAACAAACAUUGAAAGACAACAACAAUGUUACGAUACUUUCUAAAGAGACACACGUACACUGAUACAUACGAAUUGGUGCAAACAAUUGCGAAUUACUACGAAAAUACUCGAUCGCGUUCGAAUUUAAUGGAAUGUCAUUGGUUAUCAAGACUGAAUAUUUAUCGGUAUGUGUAAAUUGUAUUUGGCAAUUAAAAUUUUAUAUUUUUCAUGUAUAUAUUUAUAAUAUUUAUAAAAAUAAUUAUAAUAAAUCGUAAAAGUAAUUCAA